AUGGCCAACUUCCUCGCCUCCAUCUUCGGCACCGAACAAGACAAAGUCAACUGCUCCUUCUACUACAAAAUCGGCGCCUGCCGCCACGGCGACCGCUGCUCCCGCAAGCACGUCAAACCCUCCUACUCGCAGACAAUCCUCAUGCCCAACCUCUACCAGAACCCGGCCUUCGACCCGAAGAACAGGAUGAACCCUUCCCAGCUCCAGAACCACUUCGACGCCUUCUACGAGGACAUCUGGUGCGAGAUGUGCAAGUACGGCGAGAUCGAGGAGCUCGUCGUUUGCGACAACAACAACGACCACCUCAUAGGCAACGUCUACGCCCGCUUCAAGUACGAGGACUCGGCCCAAAAAGCCUGCGACGACCUCAACAGCCGGUGGUACGCCGCCCGCCCCAUCUACUGCGAGCUGAGCCCUGUGACGGACUUUAGGGAGGCGUGCUGCAGGUUGAACUCGGGGGAGGGGUGCGUGAGGGGCGGGUUUUGCAAUUUUAUUCAUCGUAAAAAUCCCAGCCCGGAGCUGGAGAGGGAGCUGGAGUUGAGCACCAAGAAGUGGUUGAAGACGAGGCCGAGAAGCAGGAGCCCGACCAGAUCGCCUAGCCCGGAGCCGACGAGGAGGAGAUACUAG